AUGGCUCCCCAAAAACCACCCGCCAAACCAUCCGCAACCGCCCUCCGCCACGCCCGCAUCACAUCCGCCAUCCACCCCCUCGCUCCCCCCAAGACGUUCCGCCCCAACGCCUCCACGACAGACUCCUUCCUCUCCACCAAGCGCGACAAGCGCACCAUCAAGCACUCCGCCUUCAUCUCCCGCGUCGCCUCCUCCUCCUCCAAGAUUUCCAAAUCCAAAACCCGCCGGCGCUCAAAGACGAAAUCCUCGGCUACGCUCAACUCGCUCGACAGUCUCGCCGAUGCCCUCCCCGAGCUCGCAGACGGCGAAGGCGCGGCGGAGGUGCUCGAUGGGAAGAUCAAGCACCAGAGCUUGAGGAGCAAAAGGGGCGCGCUCAAGAGGAAGGAGAGGUUGUUGAGAGGGGAGAUGGCGAGGUUUGGUGUUAGCAUGGCGCAGCUUUCAACUGUGAAACCCGCAGCGCCGGCGCAGUCGCAGGGGGCUGCCAUGUUCAGCAACAGCACGGUGGCUGAGAAGAAGACGGAGGAGGAGACGAAGCAGCCGGCGCCGGCAGCGGUGUCGAAUCGAUGGGCUGCGUUGAGGGGAUACAUCUCUGCGACCAUGGAGCAGAACCCGGCGUUUGUGAACAAGGCCUGAAUGCGAUAUCUACGCACAAG